ACUUUUCGCGCCAUAUGUUCUUAGACGCAACGCGGUCAUUUGUUGACAAAGUGGAUUUCUGAAUUAUCCCAAUUGAAAACGUAACAUGAGCGAUACAAGUCCACCUUUAGAUGAUUCGAAUGAAAAUGAGAAGCGUCCACAGUUUGGCACACGUCUGCUCAAGGAUAACGCCGACGUUUUUAAGCACAACGCCUGGGACCACGUGGAAUGGGAUGCAGAGCAGGAGCUAGCCGCCCAGGCGGCAGUCGAGAAGAAUUCAACUGUUAAGAUGAGCGAUGAUCAGCGGGAACGCUUUCAAUCGGAUGCACCCAAGUUCUGGGACUCGUUCUAUGGCAUACACGACAAUCGUUUCUUUAAAGACCGUCACUGGCUGUUCACGGAAUUUCCCGAACUGGCGCCCAUGGCGAACAACGAGCAUUCACAGCCGCGCAGCAUAUUCGAGCUGGGCUGCGGCGUCGGGAAUACCAUUUUGCCCAUACUCCAAUACAGCACGGAAUCCCAACUGCGUGUAUAUGGCUGUGACUUCUCGGAACGUGCCAUAGAAAUCCUACGUAGUCAGCCGCAGUAUGAUGACAAACGCUGCGAGGUCUUUGUUAUGGAUGCCACGCAGGAGCAGUGGCAGGUGCCGUUCGCGGAGAACUCCCAGGACAUUAUCGUCAUGAUCUUUGUGCUGUCGGCCAUUGAGCCGUCUAAAAUGCAGCGUGUGCUGGAGAACUGCUAUCGCUAUCUCAAGCCAGGAGGUCUGCUGGUCUUUCGGGAUUACGGACGCUACGAUCUUGCGCAGUUGCGCUUCAAGAGCGGCAAAUGCCUGGAGGAUAAUUUCUAUGUGCGAGGCGAUGGCACUAUGGUAUAUUUCUUUACGGAACAAGAGCUGCGCAGCAUGCUGACCCAAACAGGGCUGGUGGAGGAGCAGCUUUUAGUGGACAGGCGGUUGCAGGUUAAUCGUGGACGUUGUCUCAAAAUGUACAGAGUAUGGAUACAGACAAAGUUUCGCAAGCCGCUGUAAAAUCGAAUUCUAAACCAGAUAUCAAACUAUCGCAUUUGAACUCGUUAGGACAAGAAGACGAAAGCUACUCGUUAGUUUUUAUAGCACGAAGCUUUUGCAACUCGUCCUUAUUGAGCGAGCUUUUUCCCCAAAUACACAUAACAGUUAGAAAAGCUGCAAGUUUUCGCAGUUGGCUAAAAAACGUCGUAAGUGAAAAUUUUCUUUGUGCUGCGCAAAUGUAUAUAAUUUAUUAUUUAGUUAUAUUUUAACUCCAGAACUAUGUGUUGACACAGUCCAAAUGCAAAGACAUUGGCUUGCAAAGAAAGUUGCGAAAUAGUUCAAUUAAAGCUCUUAAAUUGACUUGAACCAAAAA